AUGGCGAGCGGACAUAGCCCUUACGCAUCUCCGACGGUGGUCGACCCCUCUUUAGGGCCCUACUAUAGUCACAAUGGUAACACGCAUCAACUGGGCCAUCCUGAGAUCGAUGAUGAUCUGGCCCUUCGCGCCGAGUUGAGCAGGUCGCUGGGCCUGAACCAUUCGACUCACGAAUCAGCAAACACGUCACAUCAACACUCGCCGCAACCGCAUGACGACCUGCAACAACACCACCAUGUCCAGCAACAGCAGCAACAACAACAUGCGCAACCAGCUACACUGCCUUCGCAGCCGCAACACACGUCGCCGUCGCAACACGCCGUGAACCCCGACCUCUUGCCCGAGCACCACGCGAGUCCACCGCCUGGUCAACAUACCGCCUCCGACAACAACAGGGACAAGCGAAGCAAAGUCAGCCGUGCAUGCGAUGAAUGUCGCCGCAAGAAGAUCCGUUGCGACGCCUUGAACGAGCAUGAGACAUGUACCAAUUGCAAGCGCUCCAGCUCUACAUGCGCUUUCAGUCGCCAGCCACUGAAGCGAGGUCCUAGCAAGGGCUACAUCAAAGAGCUCGCAGAGCGCUUGAACGCCCUCGAGGGUCAGAUGCAGCCGCAACAACCUGGACACGUCGACCAGGAAUUGCAGUCAUUGCUUGCAGAAGCAGCCUACACCGAUCCGAUAGUCAUCGAUCCACCAAUUCUGGCUCCUCGACCUGCUCCAGCGCCACAACACAUCCAACCUGCUGCUCAACCUCCCUCUGCUCCUGCCUCUCUCCAUACCUAUGGAAACCCUUACUCUCGCGACUCGCGAAUGUCGCCGUAUCCAGUCCAACAAAACUACCGUCAAGACAUCAGGCCCACACCCCAAUCACAACCUAUCAACACGCAACCUUUCUUCAAAUAUGGUGCAGACACUCGCCGUCACGAAAGUGUUAGUAUUCCUUUCGAUACACAAGCAGGUGCACCUAUCCUGGUUGAGUGGGAUGAAGAAGUGGUUGACGAGUAUUAUCGCACUAUACACCAGACCUUUCCGUUACUGCCCCACUCGAAACACCGCCUUCGUAUGCGCCUGGCCGAAUGUCCCCCAACUUUACGAGAGGCCUUCUUGACUGUCCUGGAGUGCACAAUGCGUACCUUUCCCUCCUUUUCAUCAACGCUGCGUCCCCAACAGACAUACGCACCUAUGAUGAAACGUGCUGCUGAAUUGCUUGCUGGUUACCCGUUCGAGAACCCAGCCACACAUAACAGCGGGACUAACCUGGUUUACCUGCAAACUCUCCUGUUGAUGGCUCUAGAAUCCGACAACCAUGGACCAGCGACUGUUAGGGGUCAAGCUGGUCCUUCGCGCGCCGAGUGGUUGGGAAGGGCUGCCGGUGUCGCAGGACAGUUGGAGAUUAACCUGGUCCGCCCGCGGGAACGCUUCGCUACCGAAGGCGACCCAGACUCUGAAGAAAGACUGUCAAGGAGGGUAUGGUGGGUACUGUUCAUUCUCGACCGCUGGCAUGCUUCCAGUACAUCGGACCUACUCAAGCUUCCCGAGAACAGUGUUGUUCUGCUACCUGAGGACCAGAUCCUACUCGGCGAAUCGACAUAUCACCUAGCACGCCUCUCAUUCAUCAUAGGGCAUCUCGCCGCCAUUCUCACCACAACAAAAACACCCGAGACUAAUGUCAUGGCUCCUUCAAAUCCGGCUUCUUCACUUCUAGGCUUGACACUAGCUGGCGAAAUCGACCGUUUCCGCGAAUCGGUAGAAAGUGUCUGGGGCUCACUGAACCUGGUUCAUCUCUCCUACCAUCACUGCCAUCUCCUCAUCAAACGCCUCAACCCCACAACAGAACCUACCGAGUUAAUCGGCCAUGCAGUCAAAGUAGCCACAGUGCUGAAUAUGCGACAAACACCCAUUACACCUCUAAACCAUCACUUUGCAGCCCUAGCAGCAAUGACCCUAUGCGAGCUCGUAGACAUAGAAAAGACACGCGCCGAAGCCAUUAGAGGCCUCGAACACAUCUCCGAAGCUCUAGGGUUCGGUCGCGGCCUGGCCGGGCACGAAAAGUCUACAGGUUGGGACUCUGCAAUUCGAGACUUGAUUGUGCAAAAAAGAAAUAAGUUGCAGUUGAUUCUUGGAGGGAUUGAACAAUUGCCGCCUGGGUUGCAGCAUUUGGCUCAUGCUUCUGCUGAGAAUGGAAGGCCUGGCAAAUUCGAUCCUACUAUGCUGACAAGGUAUGGUUACCUUACUGCUUUGGGACAGGGCAUGUUUGUUUCGAAGUGA